UCCAUGGUGUUUGUUUUUUUUAUAUUAGUAUUCUACUAAAUUAACGUUUCUCAAACAUUUUUUUUUGAUAGUCAAUUUUUCCGUGUGGAAUCAAAUAUCUGCAAUUCUUUUAAAUUGUGUUCAUACAAUUGCCGCUGAACAAUUAAUGCAUUUGUGGAUUGUUGUGUAUUUUUAGACUUAUCGAGCGUUCUGAUUCCGAGUAGCGGUGAAUCGAUAGGUUUUUAGGCGGAAGGUGAUUUCCAAAUACUAGCCGGAAUUGGAAUAAUGGAAAGCGCGCGAUGAUUGUGAGCAGAGUGAGCGCUCUAUUUGCGCGCAUGCCGCAGUUUCAUUGAUUCCGUGCACCUCUGGUGGCGUGAAAAUCUUGUUGUUUAUGCAAAUCGGUUGUCAGUGAGAUAAUAAAGGAAGCGCUGUUGUUUGUGAAGGAGGUGUGAAAAGUGUCGGAUACAAAUUUUUCAGUUUAUUCGAUUGAAAUUGUGCUGGGUUAGUGAGGGGAUUCCCUUUAAGGGACGGGCCGCACCAUGGAACUGUUUCGGACCGAUGAAUUCUACAUUUUCGUCAAGGAUCAACACUCGCUGUGGUGGGACAGACAGACAGGUGCUUUCAUCCCUAAAACUGGUUGGGACUUGGCGGAUGCAGAGGAUCCAACAUGCCUAGGGAUAUGCCAUGGUCUGAUUGGAAAAGUCGAGCAUCCCUCUGUUUUCGAUCCCAGGCUGAUUGUGAUCAAGGAGUGUAGUCCUGUGGGCAAAAUUCAUGGAGACCAUGAAGUCUUCAAGAUAAAGUCUAUAGCCUUUCUCAAUUUGGGUAUGGAUAAUCCCAAUCUGAAUUUGCAACAGUGUGCCAAGCAUAAGACCAUUCCCACCCCCAAGAGGGGCGCAGCCAAUCCCUUCAUGGAUUUGCAGAAAAAUGCGGCUUUCACAAAGACUUUAGGCACAUUGAAGAGCGCUGGGAAUGCUAUCAAGUCCACCACACAACAGGCAGCUGCUAUGGCCACAGGAUCUCCGCUGAAAAAGGACGCGAAAGACAAGGAGAAGUUCGAGAAACAGAUUGUCGAGGAGUUCUACAAGAUUUUCACCGACACAAACUCUUUCUACUUCUCUCGCACUUGCGAUAUCACAAGUAGCUUACAGAGGCUUUGCAGUCUUGAGAAGAGCAAGCAGAUUGAAGCGAGCGCGUUGUGGAGGACCGUCGAUGAUCGUUUCUUCUGGAACAAAAAUAUGUUGAAGCAACUGAUUAGUUUGGAUAAUAGCCUCUGUGAUCCUUGGAUUAUGCCCAUAAUACAAGGUUACAUUCAGAUUGAAGAGUGUAAGGUUGAAGUGGAUCAAGACAUUAGAGGCGUCAAGACCAGUCCGAAAUAUGAAAUUUUCAAGUUAUCUAUAGUUUCCAGACGCAGUCGUUUCAGAGCCGGGACCAGAUACAAGAGGAGAGGUGUGGACGAUCAGGGCGAGUGCGCCAAUUAUGUUGAAACGGAACAGCUGAUUGCGUAUCAACACCACGAAGUGUCGUUCGUGCAGGUUCGCGGAUCGGUGCCCGUCUAUUGGUCGCAGCCAGGCUACAAGUACCGUCCCCCGCCCCGUAUUGAUAAAGGUAAACAACCGACGGCAAUAAAAGGAAAUCGUGAGGAAGAGACGAAAAGUGCGUUCGAGAAGCACUUCAAGAAUGAGAUAGCCAGAUACGGUCCUGUGUGCGUGAUUAACCUUGUGGACCAAAGUGGCAAGGAGAAGGUGAUCUGGGACUCGUACUCUCAUCAUAUUUUCGAGUUUAACAGUCCUCACGUGACCUACGUGACGUUUGACUUCCACGAGUACUGCCGCGGUAUGCACUUCGAGAACGUGUCCAUCCUGAUCAACAGUAUUGCCGACAUCAUCAAGGACAUGAACUACUGUUGGCGUGAUCGCCAGGGCCACAUCUGUUCUCAGCUGGGAGUUUUCCGCGUGAAUUGCAUUGACUGCUUGGAUCGUACCAAUGUCGUGCAGACGGCGCUUGCCAAGUCCGUAAUGGAGAUCCAAUUCUGCAAGCUCGGACUGAUCACUCCGGAAGGCACCAUUCCUGACUCGAUCAAAAACACGUUUCAGCUACUCUGGGCCAACAAUGGAGACACUAUCAGCAAACAAUACGCAGGCACCAAUGCUUUGAAAGGCGAUUACACACGAACGGGCGAGAGGAAGUUCACGGGAAUCAUGAAGGACGGAAUGAACUCAGCAAAUAGAUUUUACCGGAAUCAUUUCGCGGACAGUGUGCGGCAAUGCUGCUUAGAUCUGUCUCAUGGCUCGCCGGUAAGAGUGAAUGAUUUUGAGGACAGCUGGUCGAGGUUGAACACGUUCGGCGGCAUCGCCAGCGAGCUCGUCCCUCUGGGAGGCGGCGCGCCCCAUUACAUACCCCACAUUGCCCUAGAGCAGGAGUUCGAACUAGCGAACGCCCUGUAUUACAUGUAUAGGUAUUAUUUGAGCCGAUUCAAAGAUUCUACCAGACAAGGCACUAUCGAUUUGAUGCUUGGCAACGGACAUUGUGUAUCUGAAGAUUUGUUCAACGAGACGCGAUCGAAUACAAACUUUGAAGAGGAUAGCGCUUCUACAGCGGAGCACGUUAAGCUCCUAAUUGAGGAUUGCAAGAAGAUGCUGAUAAACAAUCCGGAGAUUGUGCUGGGAGCUUGGGGACUGAUCAACGCCGAUCCUUUCACCGGAGACCCAAGCGAAACUGAGAUGGACUCGAUUCUGAUCCUCACCAAGGAUUCGUAUUUCGUCGCCGAUUACGACGAUCAAGUGGAUAAGGUCACCAAAUACCAAAGGGUCUGUUUGGACGACAUCACCGUGAUAGAGAGCGGAAUCCCAGAGUCCAGCGCGAAUAUAUUCAAGAGUAACAGUAAGAAUUUCUACAGCAUCCGCCUCAAUUACAAGGUAAAUGGAGUGACCGGAUACUACCACAUGUUCCGCUCUACAAAUCUGCAAUUCUUCAACAACAUGGCCGUAUUUCUGAAAAACGAAGAAGAGGAAAUUGAAUCGUUGAAGGCGAUAUGCGAGGCUUUUUCCGUCGCUUUAGAUAUUGGUGGCUUACCGCCAAUUCCCUACAAGCAGGGGCAAAAAUUGGAUCGAAGAAAGUCUAAGGUGAUCAGCGAUAACAGCGCCAGUAACGUUUACCUGGACAUAGUGGGACUGCCACAUUUGACGAGGAAUGUCUCUGAAACGCAACUUUUAGCGCUCAAGAACGCAGGUACCAAGGCACUUUCGAACAUGUCGCAGCAGUUCUCGCGCUUGAACCGCUUGGGAUCGAGUCUGAAGCCGAAACGACGUAGUCCCAAGUUCACCAUAGGUAAGAAGGUGGAGAGUUCCAGCGAAUCGGAUGAAGAAUACGAGACGUCUAUAUUCCAACCCGAUAACUGCGCGGAGAGCGGAACUUCGCUGCAGCUGCACUCGGAUUCGGAUAAUAACAUAGAGCAAGCGGUGGAGGUUACCGAGGAUUCUUCCAAGGACAGCUUUCUACCAAGCGUAGGCAUAGUAAUGGGUGGAUCUACUAACGAGAACGGGACAUCGACUAUGACUACUCUACUUACUGAAAGCGCUUCAGUGGUAAACGAUGAGCAGCUUUUGAGCAUCAUGAACAAUGUGACCAUGCAGAAUCCCGAGAUACAGAUCAAUUCUGGGAGCUUCGAGUGCAGCGACACUAGGAUGCAACCACCAACUAGUUUGAAACUGGACAAGAAGUACAGCCAUUCAUCAGGUGAGGUGCGCAACGAGGAGGUUACGACAGUUAGCGCGAAUACGACCGAGUUCGAGACUAACAUUUCGCAAUCGCAGAGCGAAUCUGCUCUCAAGAAUAAGCUUGUGAGUCUGACGAGUCCAGUGGCCAAUGCCACUAAAGAGUUGGUGCUAUCACCGUUCAGCAAGAUUGCAAAAGGUGUGCAGAAUUUAGGCGCCAAUUUGGAUCCGCGCAAGAUGAGCUCGGGUACUGUUAGAGGUAUCACCGAGAAGGAGUACGAAGAACACAAGAAGCUACAAGAGAAGUGGCUAGGCUGCAAAACUCGCCUGAUCGCUCUGUAAGGACGAAACUGCAACCCAGACUAGUUCAAUUUGUAUUCAAUUAUAUUUCUUUAUUAAUCCCCGCCUUCAAGUUACUACAACUACAUACCUACAUAAAUACACCAAUUAAAUUAUAUUGAAUCAGUAUUAGGAACGUACACAACUUAAGAAACAACAACAAAUUUAAACCAAUUUAUAUAUUUAAUAAUUAUAUAUACACCCUAUAUGAUAUACAAACUUAUAUAUGAUACAGAUAUUAUAUUGCAUAGCAUAACUGUGAAUGUUUUAGAAAAGCAUCCCAUGAUUGAACGAAAGCAGGUUUUUCAUUACAUUCGAACCGAAUUUUAUCGAAUUCGCAAUGGAAUAUUUUAUUGUGAUCGCAACACCAAAUUAUCAUUGUUAGUUAAUUAAUUUUAAAUCAUUUUUUAAGGUCAUUAUAAAUGAUCAUCAUAGUUAUCAAUUAAUUCAGAAUGUUUAUGUCAGUUAUUUUUGUUAAGAACAAAAAAAUC